AUGGAUCGCAUCGAUGGGCUGGCCCAUCUACAGACCGCCGUGGGAGAAGCAUGCAGGCUCGCCGUCCAAGCCGUGCUCGGCCGCGAAUGGCGGCCCGCCGUCCCAUGGGCUUCGCUCUGGCGAGCCUUGCCCCUCGCCGCCUCAUCGCUGGCCGCGUGCAACGGCCACGGCGAGCUCUGCGGCAAGCGAUACUCGGACGUCACGUUUGUCGGCAGCCACAACAGCGCGUUCGUAGGCCCGACUCCCACGCACAACCAGUACGUCUCCGUCACGGACCAGCUGAACCUGGGCGUGCGCUUCCUGCAGGCGCAGACGCACGACAAGGGGGGCACCAUCGAGAUGUGCCACACGUACUGCUGGGAGCUGGACUCGGGACCGCUGGCGCGCUACCUGGGCGAGAUUGCCGCCUGGAUGGACGGCCACCCCGGCGACGUGGUGACUCUCUUGCUCACAAACGAGGACGCCAUCCCCGUCGGGCGGUUCGACGACGUCUUUGGGCGGACGGGUCUGAAGCGGUACGCGUUUCGCCCGCGCGGCGUGCUGUCCCGGCGGCAAUGGCCGACUCUGCGGGAGCUGAUUGAUGCCCAGACGCGGCUCGUGGUCUUUAUGGACUACUUCACGGACCAAACCGAGGUCGACUAUCUCAUCAGCGAGUUUGACUAUUUCUGGGAAACACCGUACGGCGUGACGGACAAGAUGUUCCCCACGUGCAGCGUGGAUCGGCCCUUUUGGGGGGAUCCUCAGCGCCUGAUGGGCAUCGUGAACCACAUGCUCAACGUUAGGAUUGGCGGCAUCGUGUUUCCCGAUCAGGUGAAUGCCAAGACGACCAACUCGCUGGAUUCCAUCACCAAGCAGGUCGUUUUGUGCGAGAGCCAGGGCAAGCCUCGGCCCAACGUCAUUCUGCUCGACUACAUCAACGUCGGCGAGGCUCAACAGGCGCAGUUGAAAUUCAACGGACUGGCGUGA